GAACAAGGUGUAUAACUCAUUGGUGGUUGUCGAGCACCUUAUCAUCUAUGGAGCCGGUCACAUACGGGAAGAUCUUCGGAAGAAAUACCUCACCAUGCUGGAAGUAUUCUCGAAAGAUUUUCGUUGUGUGGACAAGAGAGAUGGCACCGACCAUGGAUACUCCGUUCGUGUAAAGGCCGCUGCUGUUUUGAACCUUCUUUUGUCCGAGUCUCUUGCUGACGAAGAGAGAAUGAAGAUGGGACACCAAGGGUCUUACUCCAGUGAAGCAUCCUCAAACGCAACAUCACGAUCUUCGAGCAAUCCUGAAGCAUUUUCAAGUGGAGAGAUAGGCGGGAAUUCGUUUCUACAUUCACUUCAAACGCUCACGAUAAUGUCACCGUCUGAAGCGUCCAAGGAUUCUGACUUUCGGAGUCCGAUCCCCGCGUUGCCACCACCACCCAGUGAUACUCGACGACACAGAAGAUCAGUCAGCUACCCAGACUCUUCCAACAUUGAUAACCGUUUUGGCGGAUCGUCCUCAGAAGAACCACCUCAACUUGCUCCUGCAGAAGAUGUGGAUGCUGUCAGCCAACCUAUCAAGGCAUUCCCUCUGCCACAGCGUCAACG